AUGUUGUGUCGAGCUGCCCAACGCAGACAAACCCUUCACGGAUUAGGUCGAUCAUAUGAACAACUGUCUUCGCCAUGGCUGUCUGCAACGUCUCCAAGACUGCGAGCUCAAUCGAGCCGGAUUCGAACCGUUUGCAGACCGCCAGUUAUCGCUACAUUCGAGGCCCCUAAUAGCGUGUCUUUGCGGGCCACCCGGUCAUUAGCGACGGCGACAUCAGACGUCAAUGGUCCCUUCGAAAACCUCCCAUAUGGCCAUGCGGAGAUUCAUUCACCUCCUCAUUUGUCUCCUGUUUCCAACUCACCAUGGAACGAGCGGUUGCCUUAUCCCGACCCGGACGACAUGGACACUUCAUCACUAAUCAUUCGGAAAGAUUUUCUAUUCAGCCAGCCACCUUCGGUUAGAAGAUCCAAAGGCAUUGGUGGCGAGCUGAGCGAGAUGCUUGCCAACAUCGAUGUCAGCCUUUCUGCAGCCAUGUUCAAACGCUCUGAGAUUUUGAUUCAUCGCGUUGCAAAGAUAAUUGGUUACGGGACACCUGAGGUGCUUGAUCUUCAUAAUAAAUAUUUACGCUCGAUGAUAUCGCAUAUGAUUGUUCACCGACGCUACGGGAUGGUGUGGUGGGCGCAGAAAUGGUUUGAAGUCGACAUGAAGUAUGCCUAUGCGGAGCCGGAUGCCGCGACAUAUGCAUUGAUGAUUAAGAUGGCGCUGCGCAUGUUAUUUGAAAACAAGCAGAAGCGUACCGUGAGGAGAUAUUGGAAUCUUGCAAAGGAUGCGGAGAUUGAAGAAGAGGUGUUGGGUCUUCCUAUUCUAUCAGAAGCGGACUUAGGUCUUCUUUCGGAGAUAUGUUCCGAGACUGCCGAUGGUGAUCCAACUGUGUCCUACGAAUCUGACAUCGAGCCAGAUGAAGACUUUUCCAAAGUCAGUCCAAAAUUACACUCUCCCGAUGAUUUGCCCUUUGUUCGCUCUGCCAAUCAAAAGGGUCUUGGUCUUAGCUCUCUUAGGGAGACAUUAUCUAUUUUUGAUCCACAACAAUCCAUUCCUCGACCAUCCGAUCUGCCUGGUUCCCCGGAGGAACAAGACUUGGCAUACGCUGAAAUGAGGCAGCGUCGUCUUGAAUCGGACUGCGUCGAAUCUGCUAUCGCCCGCUGGCAUAAAGAAAGCGAGAAUCUACGCAAGGUAGGGGUCAAUCCUAUUCCCAGCAAACCAAUGGGCGCUCUGUUGUACGAUUGGCAUACCCAGCUUAUGUCAAAGAUUAAAGAGGAGCUGGAACGCAUUGAGGAAUCGGAACAAAAGACACGAAUGUUACCAGAGGAUGCUAAACGCGUGGAAAUAUCUCCAUAUCUAAGGGCAAUUAAAAUGGACAAACUGGCUGCGCUAACCAUUCUCAGCACGUUUAAUGCGCUUAAUAAGAAUGGCGUGGAUAAAGGCGUUAAAUUAACGAUCCUCGUGAUGUACUUGGGGAAGUCGAUCCAUGACGAGUUCAUGGCUAUGCAGUUUCGCGAGUUGGAAAAUAAGUCUAGCAGUAACGGGAGAACCUCGAAAUUUAUCGAUAAACUUGCUCACAAAGGUACACGAAAGGCCCAGGUUCAAUGGAAGCGAUUAAUCGCGAAAUUCGAGCAUAGCCAGAGACCUGUUGAGUGGUCACCGAUUGUUCAAGCCAAAAUUGGCGCUUGUCUUGCGUUAAUGUUGCUGUCGUCCGCAACUGUGCCGGUGUUUUCAAAAGAUCCAAAGACAAAUAAGACAAAGAGAUCUGAUCAGAUGGCCUUCAGGCGGGUUUACCAGUUGGAACGUGGCUUCAGAGUUGGCUAUGUGCAUGCUCAUGAUCGCAUCGUGGAGAAAUUACGUCGAGAACCCCUUGGAGACUUGUUGGCGAAACACUUGCCCAUGGUCUGCCCCCCACGUCCCUGGACCAGCGCUCGAGACGGCGGAUUUCUUAAAACCCCAUCCCCUGUUUUGCGUGUCAAAGAAGGAGAUGUAUCUCAGUUGAGUUAUGUAGAAACCGCUGCCGCACGUGGAGACCUAGACACAGUAUUCGCUGGAUUAACCGUUCUAGGGAAGACAGGCUGGAAAAUUAACCGAGGAGUAUUGGAAGUAAUGCUUGAGGCCUGGAAUUCUGGCGAAGAAAUCGCUAACCUUGCUCCUGAAACCCCUGACAUUCCUGAACCAGAAAGGCCUAACACCGAAGAUCGAGAUGCUCUUACAGAUUACUAUCGUGCGAAAGUGCAUGCCGCAAACACCCGUUCAAGUUACCAUUCACAACGAUGCUUCCAGAACUUCCAGUUAGAAAUUGCGCGUGCAUAUAGAAAUGAAACCUUCUAUCUUCCCCAUAACCUGGAUUUCCGAGGGCGUGCAUAUCCCAUGCCACCCUACUUUAACCAAAUGGGAGCGGACCAUUGCCGUGGUCUUCUUUUGUUUAACAAAGGCCGCGAAUUGGGCACAAGUGGCCUGAGGUGGUUGAAGAUCCAUCUUGCCAAUGUUUUUGGAUUCGAUAAAGCGAGCUUCCAGGAACGAGAACAGUUUUCAAUGGACCAUCUCGAAGAUAUCCGGGACUCAGCCAUAAACGGUCUAAAGGGCAAGAAGUGGUGGCUCGAUGCUGCAGACCCGUUUCAGUGCCUUGCAGCAUGUAUUGAAUUGACAAAUGCUAUGCAACUUGAAGACCCAACCAAGUUUGUGUCUCACUUGCCUGUUCAUCAGGAUGGUUCUUGCAAUGGUCUUCAACAUUAUGCUGCUUUGGGAGGAGACAUUAUAGGUGCCCAACAGGUGAACCUGGAACCUUCUGAUCGCCCCUCCGAUAUCUAUACUGGUGUGGCCGAGCAUGUCAAAGCAUCCAUUCAAAAAGAUGCUGCAGACGGAAACGAGACUGCCAAACUCCUUGAAAAUAAAAUAACCAGGAAAAUCGUCAAGCAAACAGUCAUGACCAACGUUUACGGCGUCACCUUCCUGGGUGCAAUUCGACAAGUACGAAAGCAGUUAUUGGAUCACUAUCCUGAACUCUUUCACUCUGGGGUUGUUGGCCAAUAUGCCACGUAUAUUGCACGAAAAAUUUUUGCUGCAUUGGGUUCCAUGUUUACUGGAGCUCACAACAUCCAAUUUUGGCUCGGUGAUUGCGCUAAUCGCAUCAGCCAGUCUUUAAGCCCAGAGCAAAUCGAGAUUUUGUCAGACGAAAAGGGUCUCGAGGCGGUCGGGAAUUCCAGAAGUUCAAAAAAGUUGGCCAAAAUUAUCAAGAGUCCCAAAGCGCACUUUAAAUCCACAGUUGUUUGGACGACCCCACUGAAACUUCCAGUUGCCCAGCCCUACAGGGAAGCCGCCUGUGUUAGAGUAUUCAGCGAUUUGCAACAGCUCAGCAUCCGCAACCCUCAGGCCAGUGACGUUAUCAACAAGCGGAAACAAUUACAAGCCUUCCCUCCAAAUUUUGUCCACUCCCUCGAUGCAACUCACAUGUUUCUUUCAGCGGUCAAGUGCGAUGAACUUGGCCUUUCCUUCUCCGCCGUUCAUGACUCUUUCUGGACCCACGCAGCAGAUGUUGAUACAAUGAACCGAGUGCUGCGUGAUGCCUUCAUUCGAAUGCACUCCGAAGAUAUCGUGCAGAGGCUUGCAUCCGAAUUUAAAACAAGAUAUGCAAAUCACAUGUAUCUAGCUCAAAUCCAGUCUAGCACAAAAGUGGCCAAAGAGAUAUCCAAAUGGCGCAGAGCCAACAGAGCAAAAAGGGGGAAAGGAGCCCAAUUGGGCGAACUAGUUAAUGAGUAUAAGCGAAUCAAGCUUCUUUGUUCGGAGGACCCUGAGUUGCAGGCUGAGGGACGUGAAAUGGUCACUGCUGGAUCCAUCUUUGCGAAGUAUGAGGAUGCGGAGUCGUCGCUUGUCGCGUUGCAAUCCCUCGGCGUAGCUGGUAUCGGUCAAGUCCCGACCAACGAGUCCGGGAAGUCCGAGCGAGGUCAACUUGCAACUUCAGAAGACCCGUUGGAUGAAGUUGAGGAACCGGACCUUGACGAUUUGUUUGAUGUUGAUGCCGUUCAGGUGCCUAGUAAACCUUCUGAGCUCUCGACGGAGGAGUCUGAGAAGCCGGAAGAGCCUUGCGAAACACAGGAACCGCAAAACCUAGAGGCAAAAAAGACGAGAUCUUAUAAGCCUCCCCCAACCUGGGUUUGGUUACCGUUAACUUUCCGUCCUGUUCCCGCGAAGGGUGAGUUCGAUGUAAAGAGGUUGAAAAGCAGCGAGUAUUUCUUCUCUUAA